AUGCUGUCUUCUAUAAUACCCAAAUUUCGAUACUAUCAAAGGUUGAAGCAACACAUGGAUAUAAAUCAAAAUAUUAGAAAAGAAAAUCUUGAUAUAUAGAGAACAUAUCACAAAUCUCAGAAACCUUUAUGGGCUAAAAUGAAAUAAAAGGUGGAGGAUAAUAAAAAUAGAAUCUAUUUAUUUUGUGGAUUGAUCUUCCUCUGCUAAUUAAAGUUUGCUUAUGAAAUCUAUCUUGCAAGAAUACCUUACAGAAGAUUAUUAUUCAACAAAUUCAAAUCCUUUUUCCUCGGACUUGAAAGUGUCUAUCCGAGACCAAUUGUCGAAUAGGUUUUCAAGAAUGAAUUGCCUUAACAAUUGAUAUCGAAAUUUAUACAAUUGGAUGAUCAAUUACCGAUGGGGGUUACAAAGAAAUUCAUUGUUCAUUGUCUUACAGAAUGCUAAGUGACCUUGAGUAAGGAAUAGAAGAGAGAAUUCUAUCAGAAACAUGGUUUUUUGUAUGGAAUAUAUUCCAAAAAUAGUGGAAUCAAUUUAAAGGAACUCAACAAUUUUUUAAAGAAUCUCAAUGUUGAUCCCUAAAAAUUGACCGAUGUGUUCGAUACACUGAGAGACUAGGAAAUCCAAUUUUAGAAUAGAGUACUGCAGAAGAUGAAAUAAAAGUAGCCUUAAUAUAGUUGCAAUACACCCGACGCAAUUGCAAAGAGAAUUCAACCUUAUUUUGAUACAAUUUGA